CAAUCAAUAUAUUAAAACAAAGGGAGAUAAUUAGGCCUUCAAAGUUGUUUUGAUUCUGUGGCAGUAAUCAUUUCUCAAACAUGCCGACAUUCAACGUUUUUGUAUCAAUUUCACGCGAUGAAAUACCUGCAGACUUUGUUCUCGAGGCUUCAAAAUUUAUCGCAGGAUUACUAGGAAAACCAGAACAAUAUGUAACAGUGCGUGUAGUUCCUGAUCAGUUGAUGUGUCAUGGUGGAAGCAAUGAUCCAUGUGGUAGUGUUCAGCUUAUGAGUAUUGGAGCCCUUGGAGAUAAGAAUAAAAGCCAUGCCAGCAAAAUAGGAGACUUUCUGGAAUCAAAAUUAGGUAUCAAAAAAGACAGAUUCUACAUCACGUUUUUUGACAUCGCUCGAAAUGACUGUGGGUACAACGGAACUACGUUUGCUUGAAAAACUUUCACACUGUUACAUCUAUGAGGGCUACAAAGUACUGUAUAACAUUUUUGGGACUUUUCUUACAUAAACUUUAACUUUAUUUAGUUAAAUCAUACUUUUGUUGCCAUAGUGAUGAAAGACAAUAUAUGUGUAUGGUCUUUAUGACAGUAUGUAUGUGUUACCAAAAUUGUGUCCAGUUAACAGCUUCGUCAUUCCUUAAUAAACAACAGGAUGUUCCUUUGUAAGCAACAGGAUGUUCCUUUGCAAACAACAGGAUGUUCC